AAGUUGUGCUAUCAAUUCAUGCAUGACAAUGAUCAUUAUAUAUAUGGAAAUAUUUACAAUGGAAAGACCCCAAUGGACAUGAAUGAAUGAACAGUAAAAACACGGUAAUUGGAGAUAAACGGGACGGUCUAGAAAAGAUUAAUUGUAGUUAACCACAAUAAAUUAACUUAAAAAUUUGUAUGAUAUAAAUUUAUUAAAAUAACCGAGAAACCAAACCUAUGCUACAGUAAGACACUUAGAAAAAGGUUUUAUUGGGUCGCUGUAUAAAUAUGCCUAUUAGGGUUAGGGUUUGCCAAAAAACAAAAGAGAAAGUAGCUAUUUAAUCUUAAUUUCCUUAAUCUCCACCACCCAUAUGCCAUUUAUUUUCUCGUUGUUCGGCUGAGAACUCUCUACACUUAAGAAGAGAUGAAAAAGGUUUUGAGGAGAUCAUCAAAUGACUCCUCAAACAACUCUACAAAUUCGUCAUCAUCGUCCUUUACUGUGAGGACAGUGAGAUAUGUAGAGUGUCAGAAGAAUCACGCCGCUAGUGUCGGCGGAUACGUCGUCGACGGUUGCCGGGAGUUCAUGCCGGGAGAAACUGCCGGCGCCGCCCUAACUUGUGCAGCCUGUGGCUGUCACCGCAACUUUCAUAGAAAGGAAGUGGAAACUGAUGCUGCUUCUGAUUGUACUUCUGCUUCUUCCACUCCUACAUGAAGUAAGUUUUAGUACUAUACUAGAUUUAAAUUGGAGAUCUGUAUUUGGGUAUGUGUUUGUACAUGUUUAAUUCUCUGUGUGUUCAAGAGUGGAGGUUAUUAAGAAACUAUGGGAAAGUUUCUAAUUCCUUCUCUUUUGAUUUGUAUUUGGCUUUGUUUAUAUGUGUGAAGGUGUGACAUCGUUUGUAAUGAGUGAACCCUUUUUAUAAUAAAUCAUAUAUUAGGGGAGA